CGAGCAGGAGCUCCAGGGGGAGAUGGAGGGCCUGGUGGGCUUUUCGUUUCACCUUCAUCUCUUUGUUUUUCGGCUUUGCCGCAUUGAACGUCUCUUUCUAGGAACUGGAAACACGACACACUGCACUUUGUUAGAAGGUUAUGAAUUGGUGAUUUUUGGAGGACGCUGAUCAUCUGAAGAUCUGUGUUAAAGAGAUGAGAUUGACCUGACACCACACAAUCUCACGAGUGUUAAACUUCCUGUGUGAUUGACAGCAAACUUAGAACCGAAUCAGAAGAACUCAUGAGAACACUCACACAACGUCUGCGAGCGUCUGAUGGCUUGCGAUCUCACUUGAUGACAUGCCACGGUCCUUUCUAGUGAAAAAUAAGAGGGCGGGGCACCACUCCACACGCUCCGCCCACUCCCAGCAUCACCAUCAUGAUAAAUGGACAUCCAGUAGUCAUUCACCAGUAGUCGCUCAUCCAGAGACUUCCGAAUCGGUGCCCCGUACAGACACAGACAUCAGCAGAACCGAGCAACCAUCUGUGAUCUGGAGCGAUACGAGAACCGACCCUCCACCUGGAGCAGGACACCGGUCUCCUCCUGGAGCAGCGGAGAGAGAGACAGAUGUAGAGCGACUGGUUCAAGUGUUUCUCACUCACCAUCAGCUUCUGAACAUUCAGACGUCUCUGUGUGAGUGUUUAUUCUGUGAGAAGCUUUUGUCUUCUGCCGUCGGCCUGGCGUCUCACUUGCACAAGUCGCAUGUCAACAGAGCUGCUCUCCCAUUGGCUGGAACACUGAGCCACGCCCAGCAGCAGUACGAGUACAGACCGACGGAGAAUCUCAGGGGGAAGGAGAGGAGUUUCGAAUGUAAGAUUUGUGGUAAAGUAUUUAAGAGAUCAUCGACUCUCUCCACGCACCUGCUGAUCCACUCGGACACGAGACCGUUCCCGUGUCCUUACUGCGGCAAGAGAUUUCACCAGAAAUCUGACAUGAAGAAGCACACCUUUAUACACACAGGUGAGAAACCUCAUGUGUGUGCGGUGUGCAGUAAAGCAUUCAGUCAGAGCUCCAAUCUGAUCACACACAGCAGAAAACACAGCAGCUAUCGGCCGUUCAGCUGUCCACACUGCACGCUCAGCUUUCAGAGGAGAGUUGAGCUACAGCGCCACCUACAGACACACACUGAUGACAACAACAACAACAGCAGCAGCAGCCUGUUUCAUGGGACCUGAAAGAAACCCACCUGUUUUACAAUGUAUUCACCAUAAAGAAUAAAGAGAAUGUAUGCGUUUAUGUUAUAAUAAAGAUUUUUACUUUUACACAUAAAUGCAAGUAAAUGAAAGUACAUAAAUGCAACUGUUAAUAGAAUAAGUGUUUUAUCUUUAGGUCUCUAGACAUGACCUCUAAUAAUAUUAGGUUUACAUUAAAAGUCAGGUGUAGCAAUAUUUGAAAUAAUGACACUGAAUGACAGCAAAAGAUACAAUUAUUUUAUAAAAUUCUUUAU